GUCGACUCAUGUUUCUGAAUUCCGAUUCGUCGUAUGUAUUCUUGUAUCUUUACGGCAUUAAUCGGAAUCAAUUUUCGAGGUUAGUUCUGUUAUUUUCUGUUUAUUGCUCGAAGGCAUGGGUAAAAAGAGGAAAUUGAAGCAGUUGAAAAACGACGAGUACGAAUUCGACCCGGUGCCCAAGCAUCUAGUUACUGACCAUUUGAAAAAUCAGGAAAAGCGCCUUAUAAUCAUAUUGGAAGGUGCCCAUUUGGAAACGGUUAAGGUCGGCUCAAAAUUCGAGUUACUGAACUGCGACGACCAUGCUCAUAUUUUGCGUCAAAAUAACCGCGAACUCGGUUCAUGCCGACCGGAUAUCGCACAUAGUUGUCUCUUAAUGUUGCUCGACAGUCCUUUAAACAGGGCGGGUUUGUUGCAAGUGUAUGUUCACACCAGCAAUAACAUUCUGAUUGAAAUUAACCCUCAGACGAGGAUACCGAGGACGUUUAAGAGAUUUGCGGGACUAAUGGUACAAUUACUUCAUAAGUUCUCGGUUAGAGCGGAAAGUGGUCCGAAACUGCUUAAAGUGAUCAAAAAUCCUGUAACUGACCAUCUACCCGUGGGCGUGAGGAAAAUAGCGACAUCAUUCUCGUCAAAUGUCUUUCGCAAGUGUGUAGAUUUAGUUCCAAAGACGGAAGACCCAAUAGUAUUCGUGAUCGGCGCAAUGGCAAAAGGAAGCGUAGACGUCGAUUAUAUCGAGGAAACAGUUUCAAUAAGUAAUUAUCCCCUGUCUGCUGCCUUAACCUGUACAAAGCUUUGUUCGGCCUUUGAAGAAAUUUGGGGAGUCCUUUAGUUUGUAAAAUUUUUGACAAAUAAAUAUGAAUAUUUAGAAGGUUUGAACGUUAUUUCAUUUUUUUUAACAGUUGAAUUUAUUCAAUCUAAAAGAACUUUGUACUUGCAUUGCCUUUAGCUUUACUUAAGGACCCAACGUUUAAGACAGA